CGUUAUAUCUGAGCCACGACAGGAAAUCCUAUCAUUUAAUUUUUUAAACAACCACCACAGCCAUUGUCACCCCUAAUAUUAUAUCUAAUCAGUGUUCAUAUUUCUCUAUCUUCUCGUGCUUUUUGGUAAGUUGUUUGCUUUUGUGCAUUUUUAAAUACAGUCUAAAUGAAUUAGGAUCCAAAUAAGUCCAUACACUGUAAUUAGUUGAUGUGAUUUGUUUUGUUUGUUUGGCCAUACCUGCAGCAUGUGGAAGUUCCUAGGCCAGGCACUGAACCUGCUCCACAGCAGUAAUAAGGACAAAUCCUUAACCAUUAGGCCACCAAGGAAUUCCUGGUUGAUAUGAUUUGAAAGACAUUAAAUUGUCUAUCAAUCUAUAGAUCCCUCUCCCAUCUCUUUUUCUUUCCUUGUAAAUUUUUAUUAAAGAAGUGGAGUCACUUUCUUCUAGAGCUUUCCACAGUCUGAGAUUUAUUGAUUGUGCUCUCAUGGUGUCAUUUAACACGGACCUCCGCUCUCCUAUUUCCUUCAUUUCUACUUCCUGUAAAUUGAUCGAAUUCAGGUUUGAUGUUCCUCCUCAUUCUUUUAAAUUAAGAUGAAGUGCACAUAAAAGUAUGUUUUAAAGUGUACAGUUCAGUGGCAUUUGAUACAUUGACAGUGCUGUUCAACCAUUUCUUCUGUCCAGUUUGCAACCUUCUCGUCACACCAUUAGGAACCCUUGUAUUCAUUAAAUAAUCACUUCCCAUCACCCAAAACCCCAGCCCCCAACAGUGACAACACCAGAUCCUUAACCCACUGAGCCACCAGGGAACUCCUGGACUUUGGUCUUUAAAAAGUUCCUUCCUCUUUGAUUUUUUUUUUUGUACUUAUUAUAGGUCCUUUUAGUACUUUUUUGUGUAUUUUGAAUUUCUUUUCUAAUAAAUGAAUUUAGGCCAUAAAUACUUUUCUGAGAACCACUUCGGCUGCCUAAUAUAGGUUUUCGUAUAUGUACUCACUCUAUUUCAUUUCAUAACAGUCCAUGAUUUCAGUUUAGAACUGGUUAUAUUUUAGCAACAGAGAGAUAAUCAAGUUAACAAGAUAUUUGGGACAAUAAACAUCUAUAGCAAGCCUGAAGUACUAGAGGAAGCAAUUUUGAUUUUUCAUUGUUUCCUAUGGUGUUUUGGCCGAGAAAGACUUUCACCACCAGAGCUUCCCUCUGUGCAACAUUCCAGUUCUGAGGAAGAAUUCUCUAUUCUAUCUCAGGUUGCCAGAGCCUUGGGCAUAAAGGGCACCAUAAUGAAACUGAAGGAAGGAUCGUUUCUGUGGUACCUCUAUCUGGACAAACUCUACUGCUUAUUAUCCGUGAGAAACGUGAAGGCCUUGGUGGAGUAUUUUUACCUGCUUGAUGUGCACCGCAAGAAAACUUUGAAUGAUGUGCUAUUCUACCACUUCCUGCAUCAUGUGACUAACUUGAAACGGAACCAGAUCACAAUUGUGUUUAACAUGCUGGACUGGAAUGCUGUGGGCGAGAUUGGUUUUGACCAGUUCUACAUGCUGGUUUGCAUACUCCUGGCACGGGAGAACCACCUGGAGGAGCAAUUUAUUUUCCGUCAUUCCCGGCCUGUUUUUGAGCUGCUUGACCUGGAUGGGGAGCUGAAAAUUGGUCCAGCCAACUUCCACAUGUACAACUUUCUCUUCAAUAUUAAAAAACAGCAACUCAGAGAGCUCUACCAUGACUUCGACAUCACAGGGGACCGCCUUCUUAAUUACAAGGAAUUUAAGCUGUUUACUAUCUUCUCUAUGGACAAAUACCAGGAGAGGCAGAAAGCAGAGAGAGAGAAGGAGGAGAAGGCUGUGCUCAAAAAGGUGUCACAUCAAGCUAAUGUGAGCCACAAGAGAGUCUUUUCGGAUUUGAAAGUAUAAAUACAACUGUUAACAUGUCUAAAAAUAAAGUUAGAACAUCCAAGUGGGUAUCUUUGCAUUGAUUUUUGCACAUGCAGGGUUCAGAUGAGUGCUCCUCAAUCAGCAGGGUCUUAACACGACAACCUUUAGACCUCACACACGACUCACGAUUAUGCAACGUGCAGUAACCACUUUCUCUUUGUCGACAUGUCCCAAUUCUGCUGCUGCUUUUCAGAUCAACCCUGUCCAUUAGGUCCCUGUGUAUCCAAAUUACCAACUCUUACUGGAGCUAAGCAGUUGGAAGGUGAGACUUUCCAAACACGUGUCACUAGCUGUCCAACACUUUCAGAAUCCUUUCUAUUCUCUCAGUCCUUAGGCUGAGCCAACUUCAAAUUGGCCGACGGAAAAGUGCCUCCAAACCACAGCAGGAACUGACUUAUGGAUGUGGGGACUGUGUUCCUCCUGGAACUUGAAUGACUCUUCAAUGAGUUAGGUGCUUAAGCAACUAUACCAAACCUACUAGGCCAAAAUACUACACGCCCUUGAAUAAUUUUAAUUUUCUGCAUAAUUCCUGCCUUGAAUAAUUUUUAAGUGUUUUUAGCAUAAGACUUGUGAAUCCUGACUAUACUGUGAUGGUAAGGAUGAUGCCUACGCUUUG